CCUGGCUGUAUUGUUGUGGACAAGUGUGUGUGUGUGUGUGUGUGUGAGUGUUGGGCAUCCACGUCAUUAUGAUGGCAGAAACGUCUACCAGUCCAAAGCAGUGUCCACCACUGUGCACUGUGCAGUGUGAAUGCGUGUGUGUGGGUGUGUGUGCGUCUUAAAGGCGUACGUACACUGAUGUACCGGCGCUUGCGGACGGCAGUCUGUUGCACGGCCACGUAGCCCUAGGCAGCUAUCUGCAGCAGUGGCUAACCACGGGACUUAAACCCUUACCUGGAAGACAGCCGCCGGAGACGGAUUUAUCCACGGUGAGGACGACGGCGCUGUGAACGGAACGGCCAAUCAGGCGCAGCCGGGAAAAAGGCCGAGCUGGAGUCCGGCCGGUGACGUCAUCAUCAGGAGGAGUCGUCGUCCGUCCCGUCCCCGCUUUCCUCAGGGGCCCCCCAGUCGCGGGGUCGCCAUGGGCGACGGGGCCAAGGCCGACCCGGGGAGCCACGACGCCCAUGAGCUGUUUGACGAGCUGGUCGGGGCCACCACCUGCAGGGCCACUCUGAGGGCCUUCGGCCUGCUCUGUGACCACCUGGGGGUCCCCGGCGGGGCGGUCCCCGGGGACCCCCGGCAGUGGCCCUUCUACCACACGGUCAAGCACCGGCUGAACUACUGGAAGGCCAACGCACUCUGGGCCAAGCUGGACAAGAGGGCGGCGCUGCCCGAGUACAUGACGGGCCGGGCCUGCGCCGGCACCACGUGUGUGGUCAUCGGGGCGGGGCCGGUGGGGCUCCGGACGGCGGUGGAGCUGGCCUUCAUGGGGGCCCGCGUGGUGCUGGUGGAGAAGAGGGACGCCUUCUCCCGCAACAACGUCCUCCACCUGUGGCCCUUCACCAUCCACGACCUGCGCGGCCUGGGGGCCAAGAAGUUCUACGGCAAGUUCUGCGGCGCCUCCAUCGACCACAUCAGCAUCCGUCAGCUGCAGCUGAUCCUCCUGAAGGUGGCGCUGUUGUUAGGGGUGGAGGUCCACGUCAACGUGGAGUUCAAACAGCUGGUGGAGCCGCCGGGGAGCCAAGAGCACCACAAGGCAGGCUGGAGGCUGGAGGUUCAUCCCAAGACUCAUCCGGUCAGCCAGCUCGAUGUGGACGUCGUUAUUGGCGCGGACGGACGACGGAACACACUUCCUGGGUUCAAGCGCAAGGAGUUCCGCGGGAAGCUGGCCAUCGCCAUCACGGCUAACUUCAUGAACCGCCACACCACGGCAGAGGCCAAGGUGCAGGAGAUCAGUGGCGUGGCCUUCAUCUUCAACCAGAGGUUCUUCCAGGAGCUGCGGCAGGAGACCGGCAUUGAUCUGGAGAACAUAGUGUACUACAAGGACGACACGCACUACUUUGUGAUGACGGCCAAGAAGCAGAGUCUGCUGGAGAAAGGGGUCAUUCUGCAGGACCACGCGGACACGGAGCUCCUGCUGUCCCGCGGGAACGUGGACCAGAAUGCAUUGCAGGCGUACGCCCGCGAGGCGGCGGGAUUCUCCACGGGCCACCGGCUGCCCAGCCUGGACUUCGCCAUGAACCACUACGGCCAGGCGGACGUGGCCAUGUUCGACUUCACCUGCAUGUACGCCUCGGAGACGGCGGCCAUGGUGCGCCGGAGACACGACCGACCCCUGCUGCUCACGCUGGUGGGGGACAGCCUGCUGGAGCCCUUCUGGCCCAUCGGGACGGGCAUCGCCCGCGGCUUCCUGGCCGCUCUGGACUCGACCUGGAUGAUCCGCAGCUGGGCCCAGGGCACCGCCCCCCUGGAGGCGCUGGCCGCCAGGGAGAGUGUGUACCGCCUGCUGCCCCAGACCACUCCGGAGAACAUGCACAGGAACAUCAGCCAGUACACCGUGGACCCAGCCACGCGCUACCCCAACUACAACCCUCUGCUCAUCAGCCCCGCGCAGGUGAAGCACCUGGUCCACACGGGAGAGGAGCCCCAGGUGGAUGUGGACUCCCUCGUUUGCUCCCCGCCCCCCAGACUGCUCAGACAAGAGUCCUUCUCCCGCUCCAACAAGCUGCUGGCCUGGUGCCAGGAGCAGACCCGGGGGUACCGGGCCGUUGCCGUGGGCGACCUGACCACCUCCUGGAAGAGCGGGCUGGCGCUGUGCGCCCUGAUCCACCGCCACCGCCCCCACCUCAUUGACUUUGACUCCCUGGGGGAGUCAGACGCGGAGGCCAACGUGCGGCUGGGCUUCAGCGUGGCCCAGCGGGAGUUGGGCAUCGCUCCCCUCAUGACGGCGGAGGAGAUGUGUUCCGCCGAGGAGCCCGACUCCCUCUCCAUGGUCAUGUACCUCAGCCAGUUCUACCAGCUGCUCCGGGAAACGCUGCCCCCUGGUGGUUCUUUGUCUCAGAGUGCUGACUUCAGAUCUGCUCUCCUGGCCCCCGCUUCCCUCCUGAGCCGGCUGGGCCACAGUCCGUCACGCAAACGCAACCCCAGGGAGAAGAAAGACGCCCUGUGGAAGAGGAGGAGGACGAGCCGUCCGUGCCUGGACGAAUUAGAGCAUGACGACACCGCCGGUUACCACGACGACCAGGGCCCAGAGGAAGGGUUUGUGGGCGGGUCCGGGCGAUCCAGGGUGCGUCUCAUGGCCAAUCAGCUGCAGGCCAGACUGGAUGUCAACGCCUCCUCCUGCCAAAGUCCCGCCUCCUCGGACGCCGCGCAACGACGACUGGGGCAGUGCCUCCCCAGCCCGCCCUAUGGCUCAGAGGCCCUCGACUCCCCGUCUCUGGAAGAGGCGGUGGAGGACGCCGCCAAGUUCCCCGGGGAGGCCUGGAGGCCGAAAAAACGCACGCAGCAACAGGAGCAGAUGAGCUUUCGGUUCAAAGAGAAGAUCAAGGGUCACACUCCGUUACCUGCUGUUGGAAAGCAGAACUUUGUCCGGAUGUACACCGAGGGAGUGAGCUCCAUGGCCGAGCAGAUAACCAAUCAGAUUCAAAGCCAGGAGCCGGCGUCGCCGGGGGCAACGGCUGUGUCGGCGGGGGCCAGCGGCGUGUGCUUCUUCUGCAGCCAGCGGGUGUACGUGAUGGAGCGUCUGAGCGCGGAGGGGCUGUUCUUCCACCGCAGCUGCUUCCAGUGCGACCACUGCCGCACCACCCUGCGCCUGUCCUCCUACGCCUGGGACGCGGCCGGAGGGAGGUUCUACUGUCUGCAGCACUACGACCGACGCAGUGGGGGUCCCGUCCUGAGGAAGAGAGCCGCGCUCAGCAUGUCCUCCGUCUCUCACCGGACCUCCAUAGGGUCCCUGCAGAAGACCUCCUCCACGGACAGCCUGCACCCCGCGGCCCCUGGGGGGCCCCUACUGGGGGACCGCAGAGCCUCAGUGGCUUCUCUGACCGAGGGGGCCAAGAGGGCGCGGGGCCCCCCCGGUGAGCGCAUCGAGCUGGCCAACUACCGGCCCCUGGCCCCCAGCACCAACGGGCUCACGCCGGCGCCGCCGGUGGGAGCGGUGGCGAAGGGGGCGGAGCCUGUGUCGGGGCGUAAGCGCGCGAGCGGCGGGGACGUCUGCGCCCUGACGGAGGAGGAGGUGCCGGAGGAGGUGCCGGAGGAGACGCUGGCCCGCUACAACCUCAGCCUGCCGGGGGCGAGGAGGACCGUCGGGGGAUCCAGCUCUGAGUCGGAGAUGGACGAGGGGAAGGAGGGCGAACGAGGGGCGUCAUGGCGACGGCUCAUGGAGCUCCACGCCGGGACGAGAGGAGGAGGAGGAGGAGGAGACGACGAAGGGGACCGGGAGGACGACGAAGACGAGGAGGCGGAGGACGGGGAGGAGGAGGAGGGGGAGGUGGACGAAGAGGAGGAGGACGAAGGGGACUACGGCAGCGAGCCGGAGUCCAGUGACGAAGGGGAGUAUAGCCCCUGGGAGAUGGAGCGGUAUUCGGGCCUCUGGCUCCCUCUAGUGGAGGAAUCAGAGGAGGAGUCGGCUCCUCCUGUUCCCAAGACGCACUCCACUCGGGGAGGAAGUGACAUCACGCACACUCACACACGGGACGACCCCCACCCGGAACCCGACUCCACCACCACCACCACCACCACCCUGGACCUCCUCAUCCCGUGUCACAUCCGCUCCUUCGCCUCCAUCGGCUCCUCCCCUCUCACCCUUGGCUACUCCCACCUCACCCUGACGCCGACGCCCACUGCGGCGGCGUCGACCCCCGAGCGCUCCUCGGGCCUUUGCUCCUCCCUCCUCUCCUCCUCCUCCUCCUCCAACGUCACCUCCUCCUCGGGGGGGUCCGGGGUCGGUGGCCCCCCCGCGCGGGGCAGCAGCAGCAGCUCCGGCGUGGGCGUCGACAGCGGCCCCAGCGACACCGCCGUCGCCACGCCGACCGCCUCGCCCCCUCCCCGGGGGCGGGGCCUAGACCGCCCCGGACCCCCCCUGCCGGUGUUCCCCGCCCUGGCCCUGCGUUGCGGGGGGGUCCGCCGCGACCCCGACGGGAGCGAGGUCGGCGUGGGGGGGGGCGUGGCCUCUGAGGAGGCGGGCUCCGCCCUCUGCUCCUCCUUCGCCGCCUCCUCCCUGGAGCUGCUCCGUCAGGAGAGGGGCGCCCGGGCGGAGCGGGAGGAGCGGGGGAUGAGGGAGGGGGGGCGGGGGGGGGAGGGGGCGGACAACGGACACCCCCGCGCCGCCGGGGAGACGACGAGGAGGAGGAGGAGGGGCGGGGCGGGGGAGGGGCGCCGGCCCCCCAGGGUGCUGGCCCCCCUCCAGGGGAGCUCCCUGUUCCUCCACCUGAAGAGCCUGCGGGAGGCCCCGCCCCCAGCGGGGGGGGAGGGCCCCCGGUGGGCGGGGCGGGGCGGGGCCAGGGCCCUCUGGAAGGCCCUGUUCUCCGGGAAGGAGAGGAAGAAGAGGGAGGGGGGGGGCUCUGUGGGCGGGAACAUGGCCGCCGCCGCCCGGGAGAGGAAGGAGGGCCGGUCGAGGCAGGCCACAGAUUACCAGCUGAGUGGAGCGUCAGGAUGGCCAGAGGAGUCUGACCUGGCCUGCUCCAGCGUUCUGCAACACUGCUCUCUCAACCCCAAGACCAACCUGCGUGCGGAACUCUCUGACCUCGCUUCGAAUAUUCAGAAGGUCACGAUAAAGGAGGAGGAGACGGAGUCAGUGGAGCCCGCCUACGUGCCUCAUGCGCUGGCCUUCAAGCGAGCGUACGUCAUGAAGAAGCAGUCCCUGGGGAAGGGGGCGGGGCCUGGGGAGAGGGAGGCGGCCUCGUCCUGCCCCACGGAGGUGGUGGGGGUGGCGGUGCGCACCAAGGAGCCGUCCAGCCUGGGGGUGACGGAGGAGAGCCUGUUCCGGCCUGGCCGGGGGGCGGAGGAGGGGGAGGAGGAGGAGGAGGUGGAGGCGAGGAAGGUGGAGGCGCGGCGGGCGGAGGCGGCGCUGGACGCCAGGCUCACCCGGCGGGUGCAGCGGGCGGCGAGGAGGCAGGCCAAGCAGGAGCAGCUGAAGAGGCUCCACAAGGCCCAGAUCAUCCAGAGGCAGCUGGAGCAGGUGGAGGAGAAGCAGAGGCAGCUCGAGGAGCGGGGCGUGGCCGUGGAGAAGGCCUUGAGAGGGGAAGCAGACUACUGGGGCGACUCCAACGACAACGAGGACCUGGACCUCCACCUCAGCGGGAUGGGGAACCUGGACAGCCCAGCCCUGAUGCAGCAGUGGUUCCAGCUGGUACAGCAGAAGAACGCCAUGGUGCGCUACGAGUCCGAGCUCAUGAUAUUCGCUAGAGAGCUGGAGCUGGAGGACAGACAGAGCCGGCUGCAGCAGGAGCUCAGAGAGCAGAUGGCUGUGGACGACCACCUGAAGGGCCCUGGGGAGCUGGCGGAGGAGCGUCUGAUCCUGGAGGAGAUGCUGGAGGUGGUGGAGCAGCGGGACUCCCUGGUGGCGCUGCUGGAGGAGCAGCGGCUUCAGGAGAGCCAGGAGGAGAGGGACCUGGAGGAGGUGGUGCUGAACCGGGGGGCGGGGCUGCGCUGGGCCUGAGCAGGCACACUGAAACACACACAGACACAGACACAGACACACACACAGAAACAAACACACACACACACACAC